CUCAGCUGUGACGGUCUCAGUGUAGCACCACUAACAAACCGGGCACCGGGGCCGCUCGUUACAGUCAAUUUUAGGAAAUGGAUUUCAGCUCGAGAGGAGAGAACGGCUCCCACGGCGCGUGGUUGUAGAGCGAGAUCAAAAGGCGCGUGGCGUGCACUCCGUUUUAUUCUCACUGUAUCCUCUGCAGCGCGUGCUGCUGCUGCUGCUGGUCGGUCGGUCGGUCGGUCGGUGGCGUCGGCAGGAGCGGCCGUUCAGUUCAGCUCAGCUCCGUCCUGUGUGUGUCCGUGUGUGUGUGUGAGUGAGCGCUCGUGUUUGUUGUGUGUAUGUGUGGUUUGCGCGUGAACCGGCAAAAUCAAAGAGCGAGCAGGCCGGCGCGAGCCAGCGACAAACGCAGGCAGGGCAGAGAGGCAGCCCGCGAGCGCUCAGCUAGCAACCGUCCACUGCCAGAGAUGGUGACGUCCACACCGGGGAUCCUCCUGCUGCCGAUGCUAAUAUGUCUCCAGCACUGCAGUAACGUCCACGGUACUAAGACGGAAUGUGAGGCCAGCCAGUUUCAGUGUGGAAACGGUCGCUGCAUCCCGUCCAUCUGGCAGUGUGACGGAGAUGAGGACUGCACCGACGGCAGUGAUGAGAGCUCCUGUGUUAGAAAGACCUGUGCAGAGGUGGACUUUGUGUGUCGCAACGGCCAAUGUGUCCCGAAGCGAUGGCACUGUGAUGGGGAGCCAGACUGCGAGGACGGGUCCGACGAGAGCGUAGAAAUCUGCCACAUGAGGACGUGUCGUGUGAAUGAGUUUAGCUGCGGAGCGGGCUCCACUCAGUGUAUCCCCAUCUUCUGGAAAUGUGACGGAGAGAAGGACUGUGACAAUGGAGAAGACGAAGUCAACUGUGGCAACAUCACCUGUGCUCCAAACGAGUUCACAUGCGCCAGCGGGCGCUGCAUCUCCCGGAACUUUGUGUGCAACGGCGAGGACGACUGUGGCGACGGCUCUGAUGAGGUGGAGUGUGCUCCGUCGUCCUGCGGUCCCAGUGAGUUCCAGUGUGGAAACUCAUCGUGCAUCCCGGUGAGCUGGGUGUGUGAUGACGACGUCGACUGCCAGGACCAGUCAGAUGAGUCUCCGACUCGUUGCGGCCGUCAUCCGACGCCGCCAGCCAAGUGUUCAUCCAGCGAGAUGCAGUGCCGCUCAGGAGAGUGCAUUCACAAGAAGUGGAGGUGUGAUGGAGACCCGGACUGCAAGGACAGCAGUGAUGAAGCCAACUGUCCUGUACGGACCUGUGGACCGGAUCAGUUCAAAUGUGAUGAUGGAAACUGUAUCCUGGGCAGCAGACAGUGUAACAGCCACAGAGACUGCACCGACGGAUCAGACGAAGUCAACUGCAAAGACAUGACUCAGUGUAACGGGCCAGAGAAGUUCAAGUGUCGCAGCGGGGAGUGUAUCGAGAUGAGCAAAGUGUGCAACAAGGUCCGAGACUGUCCUGACUGGAGUGACGAACCCAUAAAAGAAUGCAAUCUAAACGAGUGUCUCCUGAACAACGGCGGCUGCUCUCACAUCUGCAAAGACAUGGUGAUUGGCUUUGAGUGUGACUGCACACCUGGACUUCAGCUCAUAGACCACAAGACCUGCGGAGACAUCAAUGAGUGUCUGAACCCUGGCAUCUGCAGUCAGAUCUGCAUCAACCUGAAGGGAGGAUACAAGUGCGAAUGCCACAACGGCUACCAGAUGGAUCCGACCACCGGAGUCUGCAAAGCUGUUGGUAAGGAGCCCUGCCUGAUCUUCACUAACCGCCGCGACAUCCGUCGCCUGGGUCUGGAGAGAAAGGAGUACACUCAGAUUGUAGAGCAGCAGAGGAACACAGUGGCUCUGGAUGCAGACUUUAACCAACAGAUGAUCUUCUGGGCUGACCUGGGCCAGAAGGCCAUUUAUAGCACUGUGCUGGACAAACGAGUGGAAGUCGGCACACACAACAAAGUGAUACACAACGUCCAGACUCCUGUGGGAAUCGCUGUGGACUGGAUCUAUAAGAACUUGUACUGGUCUGAUCUCGGCACCAAAACCAUUUCUGUAGCCAACUUCAACGGGACCAAACAGAAGGUUCUGUUCAACAGAGGCCUCAAAGAACCAGCAUCCAUUGCUGUGGAUCCGCUGUCAGGGUUUCUGUAUUGGUCUGACUGGGGAGAGCCGGCCAAGAUUGAGAAAUCUGGUAUGAAUGGAGUGGACAGACAGGUUCUGGUGGCGUCAGACAUCCAGUGGCCUAAUGGAAUCACCCUGGAUCUGAUCAAAGGCAGGUUGUACUGGGUUGACUCUAAGCUCCACAUGCUCUGUAGCGUCGACCUGAACGGAGACAACAGAAAGAAAGUACUGCAGUCUCCAGACUACCUGGCUCAUCCCUUCGCUCUCACUGUGUUUGAGGAUCGAGUCUUCUGGACGGAUGGUGAAAAUAAAGCCAUCUACUGCGCAAACAAGUUCACCGGCUCUGACGUGGUGACGCUGGCCAGCAACCUGAAUGACCCCCAGGACAUCAUAGUGUACCACGAGCUGAUCCAGCUGUCGGGUACUAACUGGUGCGCAGAGAAAGGUGUAAACGGAGGCUGUAGCUACAUGUGUCUGCCUGCGCCGCAAAUCAACAAACACUCCCCCAAGUACACCUGUGUGUGUCCUGAGGGACAGGAGCUGGCUGCUGACGGCUUACGCUGCAGACCCGUUUGUCUCAAAUGUGCCUCCUCUUAAAGAACUGACUCAAGAAGAAAGGCUAAAGGAAGCUUUCACUGUGGAUACCCCUCCAAAACAGAAUCAAUUGUAAGAAACAAAAUGAAUUCAGUCCAAUUCUUUAGGUUAAACUGGCUUUGAUGCGAAAAGAAGCGUUUCUUCACUACCUCCCUUCUCAACCACUCGAGCAUGUUUCCUUGGUGUGAGUGUGUUCCCCUGCGAAACUUGUCUUCUGUCUGUAUCCAUGCCAGCCACAAACCCAGCUGUCUGUUUGUGUUAGCAGUCUGACAGCUGAACAGUAGCUGAGUCAGUUGGUGUUGUGAUCCAGUUUUUUAGGGUCUCUUUGGCAAGACUCAACAGCAUCCUGCUUCACAUCUCAGCUGCAGCUCUGUCUCCUCCCUCUUCUGUUUGAAAGUUCCUCUGUCCUCUCAUCCUGACAGCUUGUGUGGCUUUCCGGGGAUGAUUCUUCUUCCACUCGUUCUUGGGCUCUGUUCAGUGCUGUCCUCUGCUUCAUGUUUGCCUGUUGGGUUCAGUCCUGGUCUGAACUGCCUUCAAUUCUCUGGACUAAUGAAUUGGAAUGUGACUUAGUGCCAUGACAGUGGAAUGUGCGGGGGCAGAACAUUCAUAUGUGAUAAAGCUAUCCUUCCAAAAGCAUGCUGCCGCAGUAACAGCCUCCGCUAUUCUGGGAUUGGCCUCAUAAGAUUUUGGGACCUGGCUGCAGGGAUGUGCUCUCUGUAGCUGGCAGUCAGUGUUCCAGGUCUUCCCAAAGCUGUUGGUUGGGAUUGAAGUCAUUUUCCAUUUCAUCCUGAUUAACUGGAUACACGUUUGGCCCAUGUGAUCAAUACAUUUGUUUCCACUUGCUUAGUGAUUGUAUGGGGACCAUAGUCACUUGGUGAUAUCAUGUAAAUGUUUGUCGCCUACAUAAUUAUAGUUGAUCAGAUUAUGUAGAUACCACAAUAUAAGCUAGUGGGAGCAUGUAGACGGUGUUUUCAAACUUUGCAGGAACUCAAGUUUUCCAGUCAUAUUCCUCUAGUUUCUCCUUUUUUUUUUCCCCUCCUGUCACAUUUAGCAUUAAACACACAUUUUCAUUUUGCAUGGAAAUGUCUUCACUUCACCCCACCAGCGACACAUUUACAUGUGUUUAACUCCGCACAUGUCUUUCAUUAACUUCAUAUGAACAUGAUUUCUGGUAAGAUUCACUAGUUCCUGGUGAAAAUGUUUUUUUUUUUUUUCAAUCUACUUAACACUUCAUUCUAUAUAUUUUGCUUACUGUGUGUAGUUUAUAACAAGGAAAGAACUUGAGCUCCCAGGUCAAACAGGUGAAAAAAGUACUGGUUUGAUCAUAUUACUUUCAAUGUCAGAUUGAUCAAAUUAAUGCUUUUUAAAAAUCCAACUCAAACUGCCACUCCGCCCUCCAUUAGUCUCUUUUCCUUCGCUGUAAAAAUGCUGCUGGGAAACACUGUCCUCUCUCUAAUCCACUCUGUUCCAGUUGUUUUUGUCUUGGGCCGUCCAGCUCCUUUCUACGUUCCCACAGAUUAGCCUUUUCAUACUGAACCAUCGUCAGAUAGAAACCUGACAGCUGAAUUCAGUGCACAUACCCUCCUAAUUGGACUCAAACUGUAGACCGAGACACUGGUGUUCACAAAGUACCGGAACAUCUCCCUGACAACUCUGCACCACCGUCCUCCCGCCCUCCUGAAUGAAAGUCUGCCUGCCCAGUUAGCCUGUUCACUUUUCUUUAGUACUUCUCUUCUUUUCUGUUUCCAAGUGGGAACUGGGAGAGUAUUUCUUGACAGCAUGUCCUCCUUUUGUAUCUUUUUCUGCAGUAAUACUUCAUUUGUAUCUGGGUGUUUUCUGUUUCAUGUUGUAUAUUUGUUUAUAUAUUUAUGUCUUGUAUUUAUAUCUUAUAUUUAUAUCUAUCUAUAUUUGUCUUUCACCCAGAAAAAAAAAUAAUUUUGUUUUUACUUCACUUUAGUAAAGGAAUUUUCAACAGACUUUUAUGCAGAGCUAAUUUUGUGCACUUACUUACAACCUUGAGCCAUUUUACCAUUGCAGGAAUUUUCUGCAUUAAAAGUCAUAAGCAACACAGCAACAUUGUGUAACUUUCCCACCCUAAAAUAACAUAUCCAUACAAAAUGUAAAAUGUUAAAUGUUGCUUUUACCCGGUUUUAUCCCCCCCAAAAAAUGUAUUCUCUUUUUUGCAAGAAUAAAGACACACAAGCUGCAUAAAAUUGUGCAGUGUGUGUCGGAGAGAUAAAAUGCAUGCUAGCACUUUCAUGGUGUGUUUCUGAGGAUUCCGUGCGCGUGUGU